UUAAAACAUCACAUCUCUCUCUCUGCGUCUCUCCUCCUGGUGGGGUAUGUGUGGGAAGGGGAGGAUGGUUCUGGUUCUUACUGCCAGCCAUAUUUCUGCUCUUCUUCUGUCUUUAGGGUUUUCAUGCAGUUCAUUAAAUUGAGGAGACUGGUAUCCUCUGCCCUUUCAGAUAAUCUCUCAGUUGAAGUACUAUAGCAGCUUGAGGACAUUGAGAGUACCAGUGGCUUUUGAGGAGCAAGCCAAAGCACGUUGCAGAGCAUUCCGAAGAGUAUACAACUAGAACGACACUAGAAUGAAUGAAAACAGCAUCUCCAAUGUCCAAAACCCACCCUGUGUCCUCUGUCAACGGACAGAUGACUGUCCUGAAAAAUAUGGAGAAAAGAGGAUUUAUGAGACCUAUAAUCUUGCAGUUCAUUACUACUGUUUGUUAAUGUCCAGUGGAAUUUGGCAGAGGGGUGAAGAAGAUGAAGGAUUUUAUGGCUUUUUAAUCAAUGACAUAAGAAAAGAAGUAAACAGAGCUGCAAAACUGAAAUGUAAUAUCUGUAAGAAAAAAGGUGCUUCAGUUGGAUGUGUAAUGCCCAAAUGCAAGCGAAGUUAUCAUUUUCCUUGUGGGGUUCAAAGAGAAUGCAUUUUCCAAUUCAUGGAAAACUUCAGGUCAUAUUGUUGGGAUCACAGGCCAGUCCAAAAACUUCCACCUGGUGAAUCUAGAGGCUCUUCACAGUGUACUAUAUGCUUGGAAUUCGUUGAACAUCUUCCGCAGUACAAUAUAUUGAAAAGUCCCUGCUGUAAAAAUGCUUGGUUUCAUAGAGACUGCUUGCAGUAUCAAGCUUUGAGUGCUGGAGUAUUUUUCUUUAGGUGUACUGUAUGUAACAAUAAAGAUAAAUUUCAGAAGGAAAUGUUGAGACUGGGAAUACACAUUCCAGAAAAAGAUGCAUCCUGGGAACUCGAGGAGAAUGCAUAUCAAGAUCUUCUGCAAUGUUACGAACACUGUGACAUUAGAAGAUGUCUCUGCAGAAAUGGGAGAGAUUAUAAUGAACCUGAUAGUGAAUGGGAAAUAAAGCGUUGUCAGUAUUGUGGUUCCCGAGGAACUCAUUUGGCCUGUUCCUCAAUACGGUCAUGGGAGCAAAACUGGGAAUGUUCAGAGUGCAGAAGUAUCUUCGCCAAGUCAGGGAAUUACCAAAACCAACAAAAACGCUCUUUGCCUACUUCAGAAAAAAUAGAAGGGAAUGGUUGUUUGGACGAACCCUCUCCGAAGUGCCCCAGACAGUCACCAGGACCCCAGCACAGCUUUCUCCUCAGAUUUACCCCUUCCAGGUCACCAAAAGUACUGUGCCAAAACAAUUUGACUCCUUGUUCCCGGUUAGAUCAUCCAGCAUCCAAUAGAAUGGUAAUGUCCAUCUCCCCACUGAUCAGUUCUUCAUCCAGGAUUCAGUCAGUGAGGAAAAAGCAAUUAAGAAUACAAAGAAAAGAAGUUUCUAACAUACUAAAUGAAUUAAGAUUACAAAUUAAUGCAAAAACCACAAGAUUGAACAUCAACGUAGACGAUAUCUGGAGUAGUGCCUUAAAAGGAUUCAGGGGUCGCAACUUCAAUCCUGCAAGCACAAUUGAAAUUAACUUCACAAAUCUUAAGGGUAGAUUAAAAACAGACACUAUUUGUGGAUCAAAGCAUGAUUUUUUCCAAUUAUUAAUGCUUCAUCUUCAGAACUCAUCAUUGUUUGAGGGCUCAUCCUUAAAGAAUUUGUCUCUUGAUUCUCAAGCUCUGAAAGAGAAUCUGUAUUAUGAAGCUGGCAAAAUGAUUGCAGUUUCUUUGGUUCAUGGUGGUCCAGCACCUGGUUUCUUUUCCAAAACAUUGUUUAACUGCCUUGUUUAUGGUCCAGAGAAUGUGAAACCAACUGUGGAAGAUGUCACAGAUGUUGAUGUAGCACAAACAAUAAAAAUGAUAAAAUCUUCAAAAACUCUGGCCAACUUAAAAUCCACAAUAAGUGAGUGCUAUGAUUAUCUUACUGCUGCAGGAUGUGUAAGGCCUGUCAUGACUCUGUAUGAUAAGAAUGCCCUGGUGAAUGACCUACUGAGCUACCAAGUAAUUAAGCGAAUUAUUUCACCUUUUGAAAGUUUUAAGCAAGGUUUGAAAACUCUUGGUGUGUUGGAAAAAAUACAGAUUCAUCCAGAUGCAUUCUCUAGCAUAUUGUGUCACAAACCUGAGAGACUUUCUGCAGAACUUCUUGGUGAUCUCUUUACAAUCCACUGUUCAUCCCGUGUUAACAAUGCUAAAGGGAUUGACUAUUGGAUGGGUUACUUACAAGAUGUGGAAUGUGGUGAGUCUGCAGCCACACUGGAAGAUAUUUUGGUCUUUGCAACUGGUAACACAUCUAUCCCACCCAUUGGUUUUGAGCCUAAGCCAUCCGUCAAAUUUCUGAAUAUAAAAUUCCCAGUUGGGAAGAGACACCUUAACUGUUUAGAGAUACCAAUAACAAAGGAAUAUGAAAAGUUUAAAAACACGAUGGACUUCACUAUCAAGAGGACACUAAGAUUGGAAAGAGAAUAAAUAUAUAUAUUUUUACUAAACUGGAUGUUGAAAACUUAAUUUUUAUGUAUGUGGGACUUGUCUGCUUGCAAGCUGCUAUUAUUCCUGACCAUAUAUUAUACCCCUUUUGACCUUCUCGUUUUUUAUUCAGUGGUUUUGACAAUAAAAUUUAUCUAGCUUGGAAUGUAUCAUAUAGUUUCAACCCAAGCCAACUUUUAAGUGGCCAUUGUAUGCUGCAAACUAUUUGAAGGAAAAAAAGCCAAAUUUAUAUUGGCUUAACAUUUAUGCUCACAGAUCAAACUCAGUGCUUGGGUAGUUGGGUGAAGUUUUGUUUGGUUUUGUUUGGUUUUUGUUUCAUUUCCAGUUUAGAAAUAAAAAUACUAAUACAUGAGACGUAAGCUGCCGACACAUUUAACUGUGAUUAUUAGCCUACUCAUAUGAGUAGGCUAAUAAUACGAGAUUCAAAGUGAAGUUCUCUUUAAAAAUAUACUAGAAGCAGCAUGAAAAAGUCUUUGAAAUGGCUGUAAUACUUUUAAUAUCUGUUGAACAGUCUUUCUGUCAAAAUGUUUUGUCCUGGAAUUCAAGAGGAGGUAGCAGAGUGCACAACAGUUAGAAAAUUUGUAGUUGAAGACUACCAGAUUGUGUAAAAGAUCAAACACUUUCAAAGAAGAGUUAGGUGAAAUAAUCAAGUAUGAGAACCAAAACUAAUCCUAAAUGCAUGAUGAAUAAGGAACUUUAAAAAGCUGAACAUGAAAGUUUGAUUCAAAAAUUUUUCUCAGGUCAGUUCUGUUUCUAAUUAGAAAAUGUGUUUAUAUCUUAUGCUGAAGUCAGAAUAGCUUUCAUAAUAGCUUGCACUAUAACUGCUUUUUUAGCUUGCUCUUCCUCUUCAGGAUUCUAUUACAAUCACAGUCCAACAGUUGACUAGAGUCUGAUGCUAAAUAAAUUCUUGGCUUCUGUUUCAUUUUAAACAGUUCUGGCUAUUGUAGAUGCUGUUUUAAAAAAAAAAAUAUAUAUAUAUAUAUUUGCCAUUCUUCAGACUGUACUUUUUUUAUGAAACUUGUUGUAACACAAAGACACCACAGGUGUCUAAAUCAGCGAAUGUUUAGCUUCUGUUGAAGUGCACUGUAACUAACGUAGGAAAUUGCUUGGUGUUACUGAUAUUAAAAACUAUAUUAAGAGGGGAGGACAAAUCUAAGUUGAUGCUGGUGAAUCUAUACAAAAAUUGUCAGUGUAAGAAUUCAUAGCAUGUAACUUUUUUACUUUUUGAUAAUGUCUUCAAAUGGUUAGCUUUUGAACAAAAUUUUCAUAAGACAAUUGACACAAGACAAUUAUACUUUAUCCUUUGUAAGCUGUUGUAAGUUAUUCUUCCUAUUGGCUAUCUACUGUAUACCUCACAUUAUGCAAAGGUCAUAUUAUAAAUAAUUCCAUGUGGACUCAAGCUUUCAAGAAAACUGAAUUGUUUAAAGAAAUCGUAUUCAAUCACUUAAAAACUACAUUUAUUCAUAACUAAUUGAAAUUAUAGGCAAGGAUAAUGUCUAUAUUAAACAUGAUACAAGAAGUUAUUUUGGACUCACCUAAGAAAUCCAGUUAAGUGGAAAAAAAAAUAAGCUCAGAUUUCUUUAACUCAUUUGUUGGUGGAGCACUGGCUUCUUACAAAAAGUAGACUAGUUGCAUGGUUUUUCUUAUUAGCUACUAAUCUGUAUUUACAUAUUAGUUUGUACAAACCAUUCUAGCUGUCUCAGUAUGCUGGAAUUAUGUAUGAAACACGAAAUGAUCCACAAGACUUUCAUAAUGGGAACCAAAUUUUAAUGCGAGAGUCUGAACCUUAAGGUUGUCAGUAUUAUUGUAAAUAUUUUACGAGCUGAAAAAUGCCUUUAAUAAUUUGUAGAAGUUAUCCAAUAAAACACAAUAACCUUAAUUUUAUUUUUUUUGUAGCUGCUA